UGCCUUGCUCUUGCUCGGUCAGCUUCCAAAUUCCACGCUGUCAUUCCAGAUGGAGGGUGCCCCCAGGUAUCGGUACCCGACCCCACGCUGGGUGGCCCCUGUACACAGGAAAUCAGCGGAAUCACAUGUGAUUAAUCAAACUAUUCUGUAAAAAAUAGGGGACACAUGUAUCCACCACACGCGACCAAUGGUGCCCCCCCAAACGGCGCCUUGCCAUCCCGGGAUAACGGCUCUGGGCGGGAAACACCGUCGCAUCCACUGGUUCGCUCUCUCUUUCAGUCUGAAAAGCAAGCUGCGUCAUGAGAGUGACAGCUUGAGCUAAUUGUGCAGCUGUGCCGCCCUUGCGACCGGUUUAUUUCUUGUGUGACUGACUUUGCGACUUUGCGGUAUAGCAACGGCCUGAGAUUACCCGCGCCUGCCCCCAGAGCCGCUGCUAUUUUUUUUUUUUUUGCAGGCAGGCCAACGAUGCAGGUUCGUCAACAUACACCGCCUUACUCCCCUGGUUACGGAUGAGAAAAAGUUAUUAAAAGGGGCAACAUGGCGUUUCCUCAGAUUGGCCCUGUUUCGAUCUCUGUCGGGUUACCUGUAGCUGGGUUGGCUCGCACCACACUCCUUCGACGCUCUCAGCGCCUCUCUCACCACCACCUCUCGCAAGCCACCACUCGUCGGGCACACUCGACACAUCGAUACGGCCGCCAGCAGCAGCGCCUCUUCGGCCAACGCUCCUUCUCCCAGCAGUCCCACCGGCCCAAGGCCGACUCCAAAGUGAACGACUCCAAGAUUCGGUGGUAUCCCAUUCCCGUCGGCCUCGGCGUCGGCUUUCUGGGUCUGGUUCAGUUCUACAAGGUCUACUCGCGGGAGAAGGAACCUCAAGAAAAUGGCGAACCAGAGAAGAAGCCAAAAAAGAGGCCACGGGUGAGGCCCGAUGGACCUUGGCAGGUGCAAAUCAUGUCGACUCUGCCAUUGAAGGCCAUGUCUCGGCUUUGGGGCAAGUUCAAUGAGCUCGUCAUUCCAUACCACCUCCGUUCUCCUGGUUUCCGGCUGUACUCUUGGUUCUUUGGUGUCAACAUGGACGAGAUCGAGGAACCGGAUAUUCGCAAUUUCCCCAACCUGGCCGCCUUUUUCUACCGUACCCUGAAGCCCGGUGCCCGACCCCUGGAUCCGAACCCGAACGCUCUCUUGUCUCCCGCGGAUGGUCGAGUUCUGCAGUACGGUCAGAUAGAAGGCGGCGAUAUCGAACAGGUCAAGGGAAUGACAUAUACCAUCGAUGCUCUCCUCGGUCAAAACAGCCCCUCGCCAAGUCUCUCUAGCAGCCAAGCCUCUCUCGAAAAGCUCAUCAAGCCCGCCGCCCAGCGUGAACUCGAAGGCGACGAAGAACUGGUCAAGAGGGACGAAGAAUUCGCCUCGGUUAACGGUAUCUCGUACACCCUCCCCGAUCUCCUGUCCGGCAACAAGAAGAAGAGAAAGAGCGACAGCUUCGACCAGCCCAAGGACGAAUCCGUCACUCCCUCGGCCACCUCCGUCUCUGAAGUCCGCGCCGAGCUCGAGAAGGGCGAGAAGGCCUGGUACGAUUAUCUCACCCCCGGCAGCCGUCACGUCCUCUACUACGCCGUCAUCUACCUUGCCCCCGGGGAUUACCACCGCUUCCACUCACCCACCAACUGGGUCGUUGAGAGGAGACGCCACUUUGCCGGAGAACUCUACAGCGUGUCCCCGUAUCUUCAGCGCACCAUGCCCGGUUUGUUCACUCUCAACGAGCGUGUCGUUCUCCUUGGUCGCUGGCGCUGGGGUUUCUUCAGCUACGUCCCCGUCGGUGCCACCAACGUCGGUUCUAUCAAGAUCAACUUUGACAGGGAGCUCCGCACCAAUAGCCUGACGACGGACACCGAGGCCGACAGGGCGGCCGAGGAGGCUGCUCAGCGCGGUGAGCCGUACCUUGGUUACGCCGAGGCCACGUACGAGGCUGCCAGCCAAGUCCUGAGGGGCCACGCGCUGCGCAGGGGUGAGGAGAUGGGCGGUUUCCAACUCGGCAGCACGAUUGUUCUCGUCUUUGAGGCACCUGCUUCGGAGCACGAUCCCGAGACUGGCAAGCACACCAGGGGGUGGUCGUGGAAUGUUGAAAAGGGGCAGAGAGUCAAGGUUGGGCAGUCUUUGGGACAGGUUGAUAUGUAAAAGUUGGUAUCCAAAACGUUGGGGGAAAGAGGGGUGUUGUAUAUACCAAAGAGGGAUUUUGUUUUUCAACUUUAAUCGUGGGUAGAAAUUUGUGUUUUAAUGCGGCAAUCAACUUGUUCGUUUAUUCAUAGUUUUGGGGGUCAGUUCCUAUUCUAGCAUGUUGGGUGUGGUUGGAAAAGUUGAUAGAAGUUUUAAAAGUGUUGUUAAGAUCUUGAA